GAGAAUUGCGAGAAAACCUUCAGUAGGCGUUCAGACCUUGCCAGGCACAAGCGCAUACAUACGGGUGAAAGACCCUACCCGUGCGAAUUUCCAGGUUGCGGCAAGAGUUUCAUCCAACGCUCGGCUCUCACUGUGCAUUCCCGGGUGCACUCGGGAGAGCGGCCUCACAGAUGCGAGUUUCCAGGUUGCGGCAAGAGCUUCUCCGACUCUUCGUCGCUUGCGCGGCAUCGACGCACUCAUUCAGGCCGGCGACCGUACGUGUGCCAGCAUCCGAAAUGUGGAAAGCAGUUU